GUCCUGCUGACCCGGUGCAUGUGUAUAUAUAGCUGGGAUCCUUCAGCUUGCUCAUCAUCCUUCAGCCGAUCCUCACACAGACAACAUGAAGCUCAUAGUUAUUGCUUGCCUGGUGGUGUUGGCGGCGGCGAGGCCCGACAAGGACGCCGAGACGACCCUGGACGAGAGAGACGACUCUGGCGACGGCAACUUCAACUACAAGUUCGAGACUAGCAACGGUAUCUACGAAGAGAGAUCCGGGGUUCCUGGAGCCGAGGGCCAGAGCAACAUAGAAGGCGUCUACAGGUUCACACUGUCCGACGGCACUGUAGGUGAGGUCCGCUUCAUCGCCGAUGAGACUGGCUAUCAUCCAGUGUCUAACCUCAACCCCACGCCUCACCCACUCCCCGAGCACGCCAUCCAACAGAUCGCCUUCGCCGAGGAACAGCGCGCUAAGGGAGUCGUCUUCGAGAAGUAAGAUGGGAGGUGUGAGGCUGGUCCCACUUCCUGUCCCUUCCAAACUCAACUGACGCUUCCCUGUGUUCGUUCCACUCCUCCUCAACCUCGUCCUGUGUUAUCGCAUACUUCUUUGAGAGAAGUUCUCCCUCGAACACAGGUUUCGAGACAACACAAUCCAAACCCAUGUAUAGAGAAAAAUAAAAUUUUUUUG